AUGGCUACAAAGAAGUUUAUCAACGAGCCGGAUUCGGUCGUCGAUGAUGCGCUGCAAGGAUUAGUGAAAACGAAUCGAAAUCUACGCUUUCAUCCGAGCUGUAAAAGGGUCCUUUUGCGCAUCGAUUAUGGCGAACACGUUGCGAACGGGAAAAUUGUGCUUUUAGCCGGGGGAGGUUCGGGACACGAACCGUUUGCGAUAGGUUUCAUCGGGAAAGGCCUGCUAACGGGCGCGAUUUGUGGUGACGUUUUCGCCUCACCGCCCAGUAAUCACGUUCUGGCAGCAUUAGAGGAAACUCGUGGAGAAGCAGGAACAGUGCUCUUUGUGAUAAACUACACGGGUGAUCGCCUGAAUUUCGGGCUAGCCGCCGAGAAAUUCAAAAAAAGCGGCGGAAAAGUACGAGUGGUUGUGAUAGCGGAUGAUAUAGCGCUGGAAAAUGUCGAGAAUCGUAUUGGAAGUCGGGGAUUGGCUGCAGCAACUCUCAUUAUGAAGGUAGCUGGAGCGAUGACUGAGGCUGGGAAAAGUCUUGAUGAAAUCGCUGAUUACGCGGAAAAGCUCAAUGGGAGAUGUGCAACACUUGGUGUUUCCCUCUACCCGUGCAGUCUCCCCAACAGACCGCCGAUGUUCGAAUUGGAGCAAGGAAAGAUGGAGGUGGGACUCGGCAUUCACGGUGAACCGGGGAAAAGUCGCGAGGAUUUGAGGCCAGCUCGGGGUAUUAUCCCUCUAAUGAUGGAUACAAUAAUUGGAAGCCAAGCGGUCACCAAUCACCAAAAUCAUCCCCUCAUUCUCCUCUUGAACAACCUCGGCUCAGUCUCCCAGAUUGAGAUGGGCAUCUUGCGAGGAGAGAUUGUCAACUAUAUCAUGGAUUUAAAGCAAGAAGUUUCACUGUUCUACCAAGGGACUUUCAUGAGUUCACUCGAUGGGAAAGGAAUCAGCAUCACUGCUAUGAGAGCCGAUGAUCAAGUGAUCAAAUAUCUAGAAUUUGCAACCGAUGCUGAGGCUUGGCCGCGAGCAUUUCCUGGAUCAGCUUUCAAUAGCUUUGAGCAACGAUUGCCCGAUCGGGUCGAGGAUGAGAAGCAAAUGAUUGAGAGAAAAGGGGCAACGCUGAGAAAAGAAGAAGCGGAUUUGGUUAAAAAGUGCGUACAAUCGGCUUGUCAUGCACUCAUCGAGAAACGGGAUUUUUUGAACGAUUUGGAUGGAGCGGCCGGAGAUGGAGAUUGUGGACAAACAAUGGCACAUGCUGCAAAAUGUAUUCUGGAAGCAAAUGAAAGUCUUCACUGGCAAAAUCCGGCUAGUUUACUCUCGCAACUGGCCGCAAUCUUUCAGGAAACGGUUGGAGGGACAGGAGGAGCGAUUUACGCCUUACUACUGGAAGCAGCAAGUGGGUCAUUUGAAGAAUCAGCUCAUCCAGAGAAUUGGUCUCACGGAUUGGAGAUCGGUCUAAAAGCAAUAACUGAAUACGGGAGAGCGCAGCCAGGAGAUCGGACAAUGGUAGAUACAUUACAUGCUGUGGUCGACUAUAUGAAAAGAGGGUCAUCAUUUACCAAUUCGCAAACAAUAAAAGAGAUUGGAGAGAUAGCCAAGAAAGCAGCUGAGUCAACGGCAACAAUGAAGGCCAGCGCUGGCCGAGCCUCUUACACUGCAGAAGCUGUUCAAACAAAACCAGACGCAGGAGCCAUGGCAGCGUCGAUUUGGAUUGGCGCUAUUUGUCAAAAAAUCAAUGGACAAAUUUCCAAA